AUGGCUCCGCGCCGCACCUGCGGGCCGCGGGGAGAGCGCUCAGCGCCGGACCGACCCGACCCAGCCCGGCCCCCGGGGGGCGCGGCUCCGCUCCCCACCGCCCCCACGCUCUGCUCCAGUCCAACCUCCUCACCCCGCCCGGCGCGUGCCCGCUCCCACGGCCGCCCCGCCGCCCGGGGCCGCUCCACUCGGGUCCCCAAAACCCUCAGCCCUGCGGGGCGCCUGGACCCGCUCCACCGCGCCGUCCGCGGCCGGCUCCAACCCAACCGCGGAUCCCCCAGCCCCGGGGGCGCGUGGGCCCGCUCCCACUCUCACCGCCCCCUGCCGGUGCUCGGCUCCAUCCCGACCCCCGAGCCCCGCGGGGCUCCUGGACCCACUCCCACCCCGCCGCCGGGACCCCCAGCCCCCCGGGGCGCUGCGACCCGCCCCCACACCGCCCCCCCCGCCGCCGCCCGCGGCCGUCUCCAUCCCGACCCCCGAUCCCCCAGCCCCGGGGGACGCCUGAACCCAUUCCCACCCCGCCGCCCGCUGUCGGCUCCAUCCCGACCCCCGAGCCCCGCGGGGCGCCUGGACCCACUCCCCCCACCCCGCCGCCCGCGGUCAGAUCCAUCCCGAACACCGAUCCCCCAGCCCCGAGGGGCUCCUGGACCCACUCCCACCCCGCCGCCCGGACCCCCAGCCCAGCGGGGCGCUGGGACGCGCUCCCACACCUUCCCCGCCCCACCGCCCACGGUCGGCUCCGUCCCCACUCCCAGCUCCUCCGGGCGCGUGGACCCGCUCCCGCACCGCCCCCUACCCCGCCGCCGGCGGCCGGCUCCAGCCCGACCCGCGAUCCCGCAGGGCGCCUGGACACACUCCUACCGCGCCGCCCGAGGUCGGUUCCAUCUCGACCCCCAGACCCUUUUAGCCCCGCGGGGCUUGUAA